UAUUGAGCUCACCGGCACAAGUUAAAGUUAGGGCAAGGUGAGCAGUGAGACGCCUGAGAAAUUUCACAGCCUAAAUCCCUCUCUUCCCGCCGGAGGUCAGUCACUAAAGAAACAGCAUAAUAAUGGCGGAGACGAACAAUCCACCUGCAGGCAACAAUGAAGCCACUCCUAACAUGACGAUCUACAUCAACAAUCUCAACGAGAAAAUCAAGCUCGACGAGCUGAAGAAAUCACUGCACGCGGUGUUCUCGCAAUUCGGGAAGAUAGUGGAGAUAUUGGCAUUCAAGACUCUGAAGCACAAGGGGCAAGCUUGGGUUGUCUUCGAGGAAGUUCAGUCUGCUACGAAUGCUAUGAGGCAAAUGCAGUCCUUCCCCUUCUAUGAUAAGCCCAUGGUAUGUGAAAGUCUUCCCCUCCUUCUCCCUACCCUUAAUUCGAGCUCCGAUGGGAAUAAUGGAUGGUUUGAUUGAAGAUUGCAGUGUUUCUUGCAUUCGGUUCAAGAUGGAUUUUCUUUCUUUCAAAUUGUUGUCAAUGGAAGGAUAGGGCUGAGUAGAAAUUUGAUGAGUGACAUCUGUGCCCUGUCAAUUUGUUAGCUUUGGAGUUUACUUCCCUCUGAUUUUCCUAGUUUAUUUCUUCAGUACAGUCGUUAUCUUUAGUAGGAACUUGUGGAAUUUGAUUAUAUGGAUGGUUAUUCUCCAACAAAUGUAGUGUUGGUACUCUGUUUCUGUAUAUUUUGUAAGGUUAACAUUGCUGUGUAUGUUGUCCAGAGAAUACAGUACGCUAAAACUAAGUCUGAUGUUAUAGCUAAGGCUGAUGGAACCUUUGUUCCACGAGAAAAGCGAAAGAGGCAUGAAGAGAAAGGUAAAAAGAACAAGAAAGAACAACAUGAUCCAAAUCAAAUGGCAAUGGGUCUCAAUCCAGCUUAUCCUGGUGGCUAUGGGGCAGCACCUCCUUUAUCACAAAUACCAUAUCCUGGUGUGAGAUCGCUGGUCCCUGAAGCACCAGCACCGCCAAACAACAUUCUGUUCAUUCAGAACCUUCCAAAUGAGACAACUCCAAUGAUGCUACAGAUGCUGUUCCAGCAGUACCCUGGUUUUAAGGAGGUGAGAAUGGUCGAAGCCAAACCUGGGAUUGCAUUCAUCGAGUAUGGAGACGAGGCCCAGUCGACAGUGGCAAUGCAAGCGCUGCAGAGUUUCAAGAUACAGCAAAACCCCAUGCUGAUUACUUAUGCCAAGAAGUAAAAAAGAAUGGUGAUCUUCAUUUAUCACAUGCCUUUCUCAGUGGAAGAGUAGAGAGAGGGUUAUAAGUUAGAACCCUUACAGGAUUGAGGGAUGAAUCCAUUUGCGUGGAGACAAUUGAUGGGGGGGUUUGCGCGUUCGAUGUAGUUUAGAUGAUAGAAUCAACAUUUGGAUUUUGGAAUGAGAGAAACUUCUGUAAAAGUAUGAUUGUGUAAUCAUAAUUUCGAUCUUUGUUCUGCCAGUUCUUCUCGUCAUUCAAUAAGCAUAAAAUGUUUUGAUUGUGUGAACAGAAUCUGUCUAGUAUGGAGUUGAAAACA